GGAAGCCAUUGAUACAGCUCUGCAUUCUGAUUCUCUUUCGAUGAAGCUAUUUAAUCAACUGCUGGAUUCAUUUAGCUCCAAGAUUCUGUGCGAUUUAUAUUCCAACAUAAAUAUGGCAUACCAGAUACCAGGAUUUUCACCACAAACCCAACUUGAUAUUAACAUGAGCCAAUCGAAAUACCAAAGUUUCCUUAAGAAAAUGGAAGGAGUGGCUUUCCCUUCAUUGAAUGAAGUUUCAAUUAACAGCAUCCCUGCGCACAAUAGAGCUGUGAAAUACUUCCUGGAGAACUCCAUCCCAACAAGCAGGAUUACCUGGCUAUCUCUACAAGGAGAUGGGUUGACAGAUAUAGGCUUCUAUCUGACCGCCAUUGUUAAAGCUUGUGAAAGAGUCACAGAAUCUAUAGUGUUCACUAAUUUUCAAAUUAGUGAGCUCCAACUCAAGAAAGUGUUCAUGGCUUGCAGACAUAAAGAGAGAGUGUUGUUUUAUUCAUGCAAGUUUACCUUUCCAAGAGUGCCUGACUUCAGAAGAUGCCUUGAAGGAUCCAAGAUCUGGAUCAUGAACUUCGAGAGUUGAGAUCUUUCUAGCAAAAGUAACUGGCGUAGCCACCCAGAAGAGUUUGAGAAUUUUGUCCAAGGAUUGGCCAAUUCAGAUCUGAAGAAAUCUCUUGAGACAGUUGACUUUGGCUGGUGAUAUGGAUUUGGAGAGAACUAUGUACCCAUAAUAUUCAGUAAAUAUGGCCUUGGACAUGUUCAGAUAGACGGAAGUUUUAUGGGCUGUUAAAAAGUG